AUGUCCCCCAUCAAAGCCAUUAUCUUCGGCGCAACAGGCGCAGUCGGUCGAGCCGCAGCCUUGGAAGCCCAGUCCCAGGGCGCCCAAGUCACCCUCGCAAUGCGAAACACCAAGAAACCCAUCCCAGGCCUCACAUCAGCAACUGAGCAAGAGUUAGGCUUCACCCGUGUUCAGGCAGAUCUCUCCGAUCCCCAGUCCGUUGAGCGCGCCGUGUCCGAAUCUGGCGCAACAGUUGCGUUCUCUUAUAUCCUCUUUGACGCCGAGGAUGGUCUCCUGGAAACAUACAAAGCUAUGAAGAGGGCUGGUAUUACGCAUAUCGUCCUCCUCUCUUCGUUCUGUGUCACUGAGAACGGGGGUGCGAAAGCGUCAGCCAAGGCAGAGGAGAUUCUGGCGGUUGUUCAUGGCAAAGCUGAGCUUGCGCUAGCCGAGAGUGGCAUUGCUUGUACCAUCAUACGGCCAGCGUACUUCUCCAGUAACAUCCAAAUGCUCGAAGAUUGGGACGAGGUUAAAAGAGGUGAACUUGGCAUUGCUUAUCCCGAGGCCCCCUUUGACUAUCUUGCUCCAGAGGAUGUCGGUGCCCUUGCAGGGGCGAGAAUCGUCAAGCCAGCGCCUUCGUCGGGUGAAUUGGUCAUCACACAAUGCGGACCUGAGUUGAUCUCCCAGAAAAAUGCAUGGAGUAUCAUCAGCAAAGGACUUGGCAUGGAUAUCACUGUCAAGGAAAUCACCGAUGAGGAGCAUCGCAAGAAGCUUGAGGCGAGAGGCUUCCCGCCACCCAUGAUCAAGUCUAGCGUGGAGCGCUUAGCCGAUCUUGCGCGAGACCCGUCAGGUUUGUAUGCUCCUGAUGUAUAUAAGGAGGCUUCGGGGAAUUUUGAGAAGUAUACUGAAAGAAAACCCACGACGCUUGCGUCAUGGGUUGAGAAACAUAGAGAGGAAUUGUUGGCGAAAUGA